AUGUUCAAAGCCACCCGCGCCCUGUCCAUGCAGCCAACUCGCAUGAUGGCCAUGCAGCCAUCGCGAAUGAUGGCAAUGCAGCCCACGCGGUUGAUGGCCAUGCGCCAGAGCCCCCAGCUCUUCGUGAGGCAGACCAUGGCCCUGCGCAGCCCCGUCCCCAAGGAGGAGCACAGCGCCCACACCGUUUCGCAGCGUCUCCGCCAGCUUAAGAACAUCCCCACGGAGAUUUGGCCCCUUAUCGUCGUUCUCGGCGUCGCCAUCGUCAUGGCCUUCUUCUCCAUUACCCGAAAACUCUGGGUCGACAAGACCCUCCGCCUCAAGAGGCAGGGCAAGCAGGAAUAG